GCCUGAUAAGCCAUUCUCUUCCUACUCUCUCUUCUUCUCUGAAAACCCUAGAUCGUCCAGGAGCUCCUUGUUCUACAUUUGAAUUCUACCAUUUUAAUCUCUUAAUCGACAUUAUAAUCGGUUCAGAUCUGGUGAACCGACGCUCUCUUUUGCUUCUGCAUUUUGGUUCUUUAAUGGAGAAAUCUCCGAAUUCCUGCUUGUUUCUUACUGGAUCCUCGGCCGUGUCUCGGCUCUAAACUUGUAUUAGUUGUUGAUUUUUAAUGUGGAUCAGUUAAAGAAAGAGCUGGAUAUUUCGGAUUAUCUUGAGUUUAAUUUUAAUUAUUGCAGUUCUAAUUUAAUUUAAGGAAUUUAUUGCGGUGAUCGGAGACUAUAAUUGCUUAAAGAGGUGUAGAUUGUACUUGUAGUGUACUGUGUGUCGAAGGUGUUGUUCUGCUUGGUUGCUUGAAGAUUUAGUUGUGUUAUUUGGAUAUAAUUCGAGGGAGGCUCUGUUUUGCGGAUAGUUUGGUUAUUGUUGAUUUGUAUACGGACUUUGUUUUAGUGUUGAUUUUGGUAACCGUCGAAUACUAUAUUGGUUUUUGAGCUGAUUGUGCACGGAGGUGGUUUAGAUCUAAAAAUUGAGCUGACUGAGUGCGUUUUGAUGGGAUCAAGGUAGUUGUAUUUCAUGGCAACGCCAUCGGGAAAUGUGGUGAUCUCAGAUAAAAUGCAGUUUCCUAGUGGCGGGGGUGGUGGCGGCGGCGGCGAGGUCCAUCACCGACAGUGGUUCCCCGACGAACGUGAUGGGUUUAUCUCUUGGUUGAGAGGGGAAUUUGCGGCGGCGAAUGCCAUUAUUGAUUCGCUUUGCCAUCAUCUGAGGUCUAUUGGCGAGCCUGGAGAGUAUGAUGUUGUUAUUGGUUGCAUCCAGCAGCGACGAUGCAAUUGGAAUCCUGUGCUUCAUAUGCAACAGUACUUCUCGGUCGCGGAAGUCAUGUUUCAAUUGCAACAGGCGGCAUGGAGGAGGCAGCAGAGACAUUUCGAUCAAAUGAAGAUCACGGAGAAGGAUUUCAAGAAGAACGGUCCACAGGGUGUUGGAUCCAGACCGGGGCAUUGGGCUGAAAAUGUAAAGGAGAGUCAUAAGGUGAAUUCUGAAAUCCAUCACCAUGAUGCGAACACUUCUGCUCGGUCGGUCAAUACGGAGCCAGAUAAACCAGAAGAACCAGAAAAAGGCGAAGUAUCAAAACAGAGGGCCAACGUCGAAAGAUCGAAUAAUAAAAGUUCUGCACUUGGUGAGGAGAAAGAAGGACUAAAAAAUAUGGAAAGAUCUCAUGCAGAUAGCAGCCUAAAAGGUUCAGAAAAUGCAGUAGCAAUUGAGCGUGACAAUCCAGAACUUGAGGCAAUGGAUGAUGGAUGCAGCUCGAAAGGUACUUCUAGUGCCCCCCAGAUGGCUGCUGCAGAUACCAUCCAAACUCCUGUUCCCAAAACUUUUGUGGGUAUCGAGAUAUUUGAUGGAAAUACGGUUAAUGUUGUUGAAGGACUGAAAUUUUAUGAAGAACUUUUUGGUAGCUCAGAGAUUUCAAAACUUCUUUCAUUAGUAAAUGAGUUGAGAGCUGCUGGACGGAAAGGACAGUUCCAAGGACAGACAUUUGCAGUCUCAAAGAGACCAAUGAAGGGGCAUGGUAGAGAAAUGAUUCAGUUGGGUAUCCCCAUUGCUGAUGCACCUCCAGAAGAGGGAAGUGCGACUGGGACCUUCAAAGAUUGUAAAAUGGAACCCAUUCCUGGGUUGCUUCAGGAUGUUAUAGAUCACCUAGUUCACUUACAAGUUAUGACCAUGAAGCCAGAUUCAUGCAUUAUUGAUUUCUUUAACGAGGGUGACCACUCACAGCCUCACAUGUUUCCACCAUGGUUUGGAAGGCCAGUUUGCAUUCUGUUUUUAACAGAGUGCAUCAUGACUUUUGGCAGAGUAAUUGUAGUGGACCACCCUGGGGAUUACAGAGGGUCUCUCAAGCUCUCCCUUGCAGCAGGAACUUUGCUCACGAUGCAAGGCAAAAGUGCAGAUUUUGCAAGGCAUGCAAUCCCCUCUGUCCGCAAACAGCGCAUAGUUGUCACCUUUACCAAGUCUCAGCCAAAGAAAACCAUGCCUAGUGAUAGCUCACGUGGUCCCUCCUCAUCAAGUGCAGGAGGAUCACCAUCUCCCUGGGGCCCAUCACCAGGUAGGCCAUUGGGUAAUGUUCGUCAUCCUGCAGGUCCUAACAAGCAUUAUGGAGGGGUCCCCACACCCACAACUGGAGUGCUGCCGGCGCCACCCAUCCGUCCUCAACAUCUCCCUCCUCCCAAUGGCAUUGGCAUGCAGCCACUGUUCGUUACUGCUCCGGUUGCACCACCGGUUCCUUAUCCCACGGCACCAGUUCCAAUCCCAUCGGCAUCAACUGGAUGGCCUGCUGUUCCUCCUCCAAGGCAUCCUCCACCUCGAUUCCCAGUCCCGGGCACUGGAGUUUUCCUUCCUCCCCCGGGAUCUGGCCAUUCACCGCCAUCGCAACAGCCAAUAUCAGGUAGUGUAACUGAGACUAGCUUUGCAGUUGAGAUCCCACAGCAUCCAGAGAGCAAUAGCAACAAUAGUACUUCUCCCAAAGGCAAGUCGGAUGGAAAAGGGCAAAGUCAGGAAUGCAAUGGAAGCGUGAGUGGUACUAGUCCUUCUACUACUACUACUGGUGGUGGUGUGGGAAAGGAAGAGCAACAGCAGAGUACUAACGUUAAGAAGAAAGUCGCAAGCAAAUAAAUAGGAACAGUUAAGUAGAGAGAGAGAGAGAGAGGCUGUAUUCUUUUAAAAAGAAGAGGCACUUGCAGAGAAAUGGUAGGCUGCAAACUGAAAAUGAGUUUGGGGCCAAAAUGUAAAGAGCGGCUAAAAGGGGAUUGACUUCUGAUUUAAGACUUUUUUACUUGGGCAAGAGUUAGAGAGGAGAGACCUUUCAAUCUCUUUCUAUUUUUAAAUUUUCUUUUUGUUCCUUUCUCCCUUUAGAAUUUAACAUUUUAACUUGUCGUCUUGCUACUUAGCCGAGGGCGAGAAUCAUAAACGGAAAAGGCAAUUCUUUUUCUUUC